CUCAGAGAUAUGGACCUUAUGACUGUUCAGAAUCUCGCUGUGUCUGUUUCAAUCUAAUAUCACAACCUCGAAAUCCAGCAACAAUUUCUACGAGCGACCUCGACCAAUUUCAAGCAUAUCCACCAUGGCUCCAAUUGCGCUGGAUGACCAUCUUCCCACCCAAGAUGCACAAAUGAAGACAAAGUACCAUAGUGGCGUGCAGCCUGUGGCUCAACUUGCUCAGAAUUCCACCAGCUUGUCAACAUAUCGCGGCUAUGACCACGUCCACUGGUGGGUGGGCAACGCAAAGCAAGCGGCCGCAUUUUAUGUCUCUCGCAUGGGCUUCACCAGAGUGGCUUACCGAGGUCUCGAAACCGGCUCCAGAGUAACGGCUUCUCAUGUGGUCCGGAAUGGGGAUGUCACUUUUGUCCUGACUUCGCCCCUUCAGAACCCUGAUACCAGGAUUACUUCCCUGUCUGAGGCUGAUCGAGCACUCUUGAGACAAAUGCAUGAGCAUCAGAGGUUGCACGGAGAUGCCGUCAGGGAUGUUGCAUUUGAAGUCGACGAUGCAAGGGCAGUCUAUGAUGCAGCGGUCGCAAAAGGCGCCGUUGUCGUUUCAGAACCUUCGGUGACACAGGAUGACUUUGGUUCCGUUGUCCAGGCUCAGAUCAGAACAUAUGGGGACACUGUGCACACCUUGAUCGAGCGUCAGCAAUAUAAAGGCUCGUUCUUGCCAGGUUAUCGCGCAGUGAGUGAAGUCGACAGUUUGUCCAAAUACCUUCCUCAGAUCGACCUUAUGGCGAUUGAUCAUUGUGUGGGCAACCAAGACUGGAACGAGAUGGAAGCGGCGUGCGAGUAUUAUGAAAAGACACUUGGGUUCCAUCGUUUCUGGUCUGUCGAUGACAAGGACAUCUGCACUGAUUAUUCAGCCCUGAAAUCGGUUGUCAUGGCCAGUCCUGAUGAGAAGAUCAAAAUGCCCAUCAACGAACCAGCCAAGGGCAUACGGAAGUCCCAGAUUGAAGAGUAUGUGGACUUUUACAACGGGGCUGGUGUUCAGCAUAUUGCUUUGAGGACUGACGACAUAAUAUCCACUGUGACCAACCUGAAGGAGAGAGGUAUCGAGUUCAUCACUGUGCCUGAUACCUAUUAUGAGUCCAUGAAGAAACGCCUACAGUCGGUGGGAUUGACUCUGGAUGAAGACUUUGAGUCGUUGAAGAAGCUGGGAAUCUUGAUCGAUUUUGACGAGGGCGGAUAUCUGUUGCAGCUUUUCACCAAGCAUCUGAUGGACCGACCGACAGUAUUCAUUGAGAUCAUUCAGCGUAAUAACUUUUCAGGGUUUGGGGCAGGCAACUUCAAGGCGUUGUUUGAAGCGAUUGAGCGAGAGCAAAUGGCUCGAGGAAACCUGUAGGAGAUUGAAUCUGUAACUAGUGUACAUACUUGGGAAUGCCUAGCGAGUACCAAUCUGUAGAUGAGAAGAUGAUGGAAUGUAACUAAUGUGAUUGAAGAAUGAAUUUGAUGGAGAAAUCAGUCGAGUUGAG